AUGUGGCUGGCAGCAUUGCAUCAACCGACAACACCACGCCGCGACAAGAAGCGGAAAUAUCAAAUCAUAUGCUUUGAAGACAUCUUAAUCAGUCAUUCUGAUAGUAAAUCACAAGCUUCGAUUGAGAUCGAGGACGAAAGUUUCCAGCGCCAGCUGUUGAUGCAUCGAGAUUUCCAUGAUUGGCUGCCUGAUCUGAGUUUAUCACCUCCUUCGAACCCAACGCAAUAUGUCAUUGUUUGCCAAGAGGGCUUGACAAAUGAAAGGCAGCAAAGCCCCUCUUGUGGCGUAAGAAUUUUAGAGGAGCGGAAGCAUCCUACCAACCCAGCCUGCCUUGAAGUGGCAUGCGUUCCAGUUCGCAAUCACGACAUUCUUUUGAUACGCCAGUGUUACACUAACAGCGGGUGCCCUCUAGGAGCCGAAAUCCUACACCAAUUCACCCUGUUUAUCUUGCUCGCACUUGCCAGACCACUUUGA